UUUUAUUACGAGUGCUGUGCCUCAUUGGUAAUUUAGACUUUUUAGAUGUAAUUUGCAUUUUUUUAUUUGAUUUGGAUUAUCGUAAGGUGAUCUAGACUUUUUAGAUGUAAUUUUAAUUUUCUGGAAUUAAUUUUUGAGUUUUUCUGGAUUUCUGGAAGAAAUUUUGGGUGGCCGGCAGGGGGAAAGAGGGGAAAUUGGAACUGGAAGGACACUAUGGCGACCGGAGGAUUGAUGCUUGGCCGCUCAUUUCCGCUGCUGCUAAUCCACAGCAGCAAGACGGUGAAGCUCACUCAUGGCUAUGGCCGCCGCGCCUCUUACUCUUUUCUCGGCGGGAGCGGUAGUCCUUGUUGGCGGCAGAACAGCGCGGCGAGGUUUUCAGCGAAAGCAUUGACGAACGAGGAAGCGCCGGACGUCCGGCGACUGGCUCAAACCGCUCGAAUUUCGCUCACUGAACAAGAGGUGGAGGAUUUCGGCCCCAAAAUCCAACAAGUGAUUGAAUGGUUUGGGCAACUUCAGGGUGUGGAUCUCAAUCAAGUCGAGCCUGGGAUCCGAGCAGCAACAGCAGCAGAGGCUGAAGGAGUGAACUUGAGGGACGAUGUUCCUGUAACAUUCCCCAAAACGGAUGCCAUCAUUGAAGGCCUUCCAAGCUACGACGAGCCUUAUGUUCGAGUUCCUAAAGUCUUGCACAAGGAGGAUUGACUUAACGAGCCUACAUAUCUCACAUCAAUCUUCCCAGGAAGUUUUGGCUGGCUCUGUGUCCUGUCUGUGCACUGAACGUUUUGUCAUUUCUUACUGAGAGAGUAGUACGUAGGUUGUAUUGCUGUCCCGUUUUAGCAUUAAUUCGAUUCCAUCAAAUUGGUUCAGGUAAUAGGACAAGGAGUAAGGUUGUGAUGUGUAGCAAGCUUAAACUUUCAUUGACUUGGAAGCAUUAAACAUUACUCAAUAUGAGCAGAAAGCUUCAGGUUGUUAUUCGCGUGAAGGCUCUGCAUUUACCUUCAGGAAUGCAGUGAGCACAACAUCCAAGAACCUUCAACCAACCAUCCAUUGACAAAGAAGGUUAAACCACUAACGGAAAGGUUUCGAGACGAUACUGAGAGCAUCCCAGAGUUUUCGUCUUAAGAUGCAAACCAUCAGAUUCUGUCUGAUUAUUUCCUUACCAAGCUCUUCAACUUGCUGACUUUCCUACCCAUCCUAGAAAAGUGUGUUGCUCAAACACUGACCAUACCGUGCCUCAGCUCGAUAUCGUCGAGCCCAACGUACAAUUCCUUAAUCUUGAUUACCCAUAUCGUGCCUCAGCCCGACACCAUCGAAACCGAAGAGAUAGGGAGGAACAGUUUGUUGCUAGUUUUCUUUUGCUUGGUGCGACUUGGUACUGAAGUAUUACAUUAUGUACAAGUCAGUGUUUAUUCUAAUAAUGUACAAGGAUAAUA